AUGUCCCAUUCAAUAAUGCCGCGCACAAACUUUUCUAAUCUCUCCUACGAGCUCAUCUCAAAGAUCGUGGAAUUUGGGACGGGCGACGGUACCGAUCCCGCCACGGGGGCCAUUGUGCCACCGAGUGCCACCGGGUUACUCGCCGCGACCCACGUAUGUCGCAGCUGGCGAGAAGCGACCGUACACAAUGCCACCCAUUGGAGGAACAUUUGGAUGGGAAGUCUGGACUCGGUGAGGACCAUGCUAGCACGGACACUACGAUUGCCCGUGGCGAUAGCCGGCUCGUUGUCGACGGCGGCAGACGGGAGGAAGCUGGCGGUCGUGAUGAACCAAAUAUCGCGCGUACGGUCUCUCACGCUGAGGGCUACCUCUGAGGCUUUGCGAGCAUUGGAUGGACGUAGGAAAGGGGAGGCAUCGAUCUUGGAGACACUUGAGAUCGAGAGGGUGGACCGCGAAGAGCGGGUCGAUUUAUCUUGCUUCGUCUCGCCAAAGCUGCGACACCUCGACAUCACGAACUUCGACUUCGACGAAUUCCGACCGCUGUUGAGCCCAUCCAUGACAAGCCUACGGAUCUCAGGCGCCUGCGUCUCGACCAGGACCGGCGAAGUGCUACAGCUUCUCCACCACCUUCCUCACCUCGAGUCUCUCGAACUCAAGGUGAACCUGCUGCCUACCGCGGAAGAGGGUGCCUUAGUCCAGACGACCUGCCUUGGAGCAUUACGUCGCUUAGACCUUGGUAUCCAAAGCAUCGGAGAAGCAGAACUCCUCGCAUUCGUCUCGAUGCCCCAUCUUGACUUCAUCCGACUCUCCAUUUUCUGCGACGACGACUUGCCCGAGAUCAUGGAGCUGGUGAGACGGCGGUUUGAGGUUGACGGCAGGACGGCAUUCGGAAGGUGCACAUUCUAUGCCCCAAAUCCCACCAGCCUUCAUGUGGAGUUGACGCCAAACGAGAGUGUACCUGCUUCGCUACCUCAGGUGGGAACGUACCUGGUGUUCGACAAUUUCGAGGAGUGGGAUGAAUAUCGCGUCAUUGAUCUGCUACGCACGAAGUUCGGACCGACCCGUACCGCGCCCUGGAUGUCUGCCGUGGAGCAUCUCAGCAUACGGAACGCGCGCGCUCACACGGAAAUAUCGACACAGUCCUGGAAAACACUCUUCAAGACCAUGCCCCGCAUCAAGACACUUCACAUUUUGGAGCGAGGCGUAUCUGUAUUCCCGACGGGUUUUUACUCACAGAAAUCCGUCGGUAAUCUCUGGUAUAGGCGGCCGCUCUUUCCAGAGCUUGAGUCUCUUGACCUGGAAGGUGUUUGGUUCCGAGCCUCGUCUCGGCUACCCGAGCAAGACCAGGGCGACUUUCUGGAUCGGCUGAUAAGACCUUAUCAGCGCUGCGAUGUGACACAGAACCUCAAAAAUCUUACUAUUCGCGCGGGAGUCAAUAUCUUCCACGCAGACAUCGAACUCCUGCGCAAAAUCUCUCGUGAUGUCCAUUGGGACGGGGUGGAGAGCUUUAGGGCGAGGAACGACACCUUCGAGGAAGGGAUCGACUUCGACCUUUACGACGCCGAAGAUGAUGAAGCAGGCCUCGAAGAUCGCGAGCUCGAAGACGGAGAGCUCGAAGAAGAAGAGGUCGAAGAUGAAGAGUUCGAGGACGCCGGGUUCGAGGACAGCGAGUUCGAGGACAGCGAGUUCGAGGACAGCGAGUUCGAAGACAGCGAGCUCGAGGACGGCGAGCUUGAGGACGGCGAGCCCGAAGACGGCGAGCUCGAUGAGGAGGAACCUGAAGCGGGAGAACUCGAAGAUGGGGAAAUCGAGGACGGCGAACAAUCCUCGAGCGAAGAUGAGCACGACGGUGAGAUCACGGCUCUUUCUGAGAGAGAGCGUCGGGAAGCGCCACCGGGCGCCAAAGGCAAGGACGGCGUGUCCUCCAAGCCGACCAGUAGCACCGAGAGCAAGGAGAAGUAA